CCCUUCCUUCCUACUAGCCGGGGAUCGUGCUCUGGCCCCGGGGCACCCACCCUUUCCUUAGGCUCCACAGCACAUUCCCCGCCCCCGUUGCGCACUCCCGGACACCCCUGCGCGUCAGUGCCAGGUGGUGGAGGCUGUGGGGGGGCCUGGCCGCUGAUUGGCUGCUGCGAGCGCGGGGCGGGGCGGGUGGUAGUCUCUCGACGUCCGCUGGUCCCCUCGUCUUUCCCGCCAUGUCGUUUGUGGAGAGCGGGCGGCGCUCCGCUCCUCUGCGCCGACGCCUCGGCACCCCUGUUCCGUUUGCUCGGACGGCUUUUACCGCCUUCACUCAGGGGGACAGUUGGGGUGAAGGUGAAGGGGACGAGGAGGACGGAUGCGACCAAGUGGCCCGCGACCUGCGGGCGGAGUUUUCAGCCGGGGCGUCGUCGGAGCCUAGAAAGGGCUCGCUACUCCAGCGGGACAGGGACGGGUCGCCGGUUCUGCCCGAUAAGCGCAAUGGCAUUUUCUCAACGGUUGCGGGCGGACGAGCCCAGGCCCGGCGGUGGCCUGUCCAGAUCCUCUCAAUUCUUUGUUCGCUGCUGUUCGCCAUCCUCCUCGCCUUCCUCCUCGCCAUCGCCUACUUGAUCGUAAAAGAGUUACAUGCUGAAAAUUUGAAGACUGAAGACGUAGACACUGGGCUACUAGGAUUCUGGACUCUACUUAUAAUCUCUCUAUCUGCCGGAUUCUCCUGUUGUAGCUUUUCUUGGACAGUGACUUAUUUUGACUCUUUUGAACCAGGAAUGUUUCCUCCUACUCCUCUUUCACCUGCCAGGUUCAAGACUUCACAAGUAAGUCAUAGGAGAGGAAACCUGCGGGCAGGGGUUGUCUUUCUUUCCGGAGAGAAGAAAAUCAUGGAAACUGACUGGACACUCUUUCCACAUGGGCUAUAGCAUGGCAAUUUUGAAUGGCAUUGUAGCUGCUUUUACUGUAGCAUGGUGCCUCAUGUAAACCUACACCGAAGCAAUAUUUUUGGCAAAACCUAGUCAUGAUUGCUUUGUAAUCACAGGGAAGAACAUCAUUUGCCUACUCAGAAGACCAAGAAACCUGCUGUUCGUUAUGUGGUUCAGAUAUGUAUCAUAUCAUCGACAUUAUGGAGGACCAUCUUUUGUUGUUUUUUAAAGGAGGACCUUCAUAACCAUCAUUCUAGAGCUUAGGCAUUGAGAAUAUCUGAGUAUUAAGUUUCAAGUAAUUUCUUAAAAGUGUAAGAUGUUUACCUCAUCUUUUUACUUUUGUAUGUGUUGUCCUUAUAAAUUAUAGAAAACAUUUUAAUGGAGAUCAAACAUAAAAACUUGAAUACAGGGCAAUGCUUACCUUGCUAUCUAUAAUACUACAUUUUUGCUAAGAAGUACUAGUAGUACUAUUUAACUGAAAUGGAAAUACUUCUUAUUUAUUCAUUAAAUGAGGAAAGCAAACAAUGCCUACUACUUUGACAUUUUAUAGAAGCUACUUUUAAAUCAGAAUAUUUAGUUUUCAGUAGUCAUAUAAUCAGUAGAAGGGUGCAUUUAUAUUUUUUAAUGGGGUAUAGUUCCUUACGCGGUUUUUGGGUUUUUUUUUUUUACAUAUUUUCUACUACAUACUGAAUUUGUAUGUUUUUAAAAUUGUUACAUUAGACAAAUGUAAAUGUUAUUUUUUAGUUGGUGCAAACCUAAUACCUACAAUUUUAAAUGAGUAUUUUGUCUUUUAAAAAAAGCAAAACAAAACAAAACAAAAAACCAAAAAAAACCCACCAAAAAAGACAAACUGCACUGAUCUGAGUUUAAAAUUAAAUAAACCUAUUUUAGCAAAAAAGGACUGAAAAAAAAGUAAGUUACUUAAGCCAUUAAAAUAUUAAGAAAUUUGAAUUGUUCACUAUUUCUGUCUCCAGUUGCGAUAUUUGUCUUGGUGUAUAUAUGGUUACUCCAACAGAACUGAUAUUAUUUUGUUUUUAAUAAAUAUAAAUCUGAAAUUUUUAUAUUUAGAAAUGCUUGAACUACUUUGUUUUUAAUCUCAAAAUUCUAGUUACCAAAAUAGAAAGAAGGUAUUUUGAUACAAUGUAUAUAUGUAUAAGUUUUUUAUAUAUAGUUUCAUAAUUUUCCUAUUUAAAUGUUCUAUAAUUGUGGUGUUAGUUUUUGUUUUCAUAGCAAUUAAGCUUAAUUGUUCCCACUUCCUUUCUAAAUACCUGUUUAGAAAGUCGCUUCAAUUUUUAGAAAGAUAGACCAUUUAAAAUGCUAUUUUCUCUGGCCAUGAAACAACUUAUCUUAGGAAAGCAUUGUGUAGCAAAACUACUUUAUUCAGGCUAAAUGGGAAAUGAAUAUGUGCAGUAUGUUCCUGUUAUCUGCUAAGUGUUGUUACUGAGUAAAUGAUUUGAUAUUUCUAAGUCUUAACACUUUUUUACUACUCAAAAACGUUUCAUUGGAAAUAACAAAUUGUGCCUCAAUUUA